CUCAUACAGAUCCACCCUUUACCGUUUCUCUAUUUUCCCCUUCCUCAUCUUGGCAUUUACUCAACGUUCUGUUUUGGCGAGCCAAGCCGCGGCUCGCGUGGGAGGGCUUAUCGAGAUCAUGCUCCCGGUCCAGUAGACAUGAUCCCCCUUGUAAUUGAAUCGUGGAUUUGGUACGCCAUUACAUGGCUCGUCGUCAUUGUCCGAUUGCUAUCUCGUCGGAUGGUGGUAGGAUCCGUCAAGAAGUACCAGAUAGAAGAUUACCUAAUGGUUCUCGCUAUGGUAUGCGACGCGGUUUUGAUAGCCUGCAUAAACGCCAGCUUCCGAAUGGGCAAUAAUCUGAUCGAUCCGACUCAACGAAUCACUCUCACACCAGACGAGAUCAGCCGACGCCGAUUCGGAUCUAAGCUUACCUUGAUUGCAGAGAUGCUUCAAUGCACUGUCAUCUGGCUGGUCAAGUGCUGCUUGCUCCUGAUAUAUAACCGACUGACGACGAAUUUGAGCUACAAUCGCGUAGUGAAAACUGUUGCAUUGUACGUCCUUGUCGGGUUUGUCGUUAUGAUGACCCUCUAUCUUGCGGUCUGGUGUCGACCUUUCUCCCAGUACUGGGCCGUCCCCACCGAGCACGAACAAUGCGCCACAUCAAGGAACCAUCUUAUUACCAAUGCAACCUUCAACUUGUCCUCAGACAUUAUGAUCAUUCUCCUUCCUAUACCACUUUUCCUCUGGUCCAACACUACCACUAGGAUAAAAGUAACGUUAUGCUGUAUUUAUGCUGUGGGCAUCUUCACGAUAGUCUCCGCAUUUCUAAAUAAAUACUGCUCUUUCACAGACCCCUACGGGCCUAAUUGGACCUUUUGGUAUAUCCGCGAGUCUUCAACCUCCCUCAUUGUCGCAAACCUUCCCUUGACCUGGCCCUUCUUCCGUCGCGUCAUGCAUAUCAACACCUCGAGCGCAGGCGAUUCUAAUCCACAGCUGCGACAUAGGGAUUCGCACCUCUUUGGCAACGUUCCUCCCCGGCCAAGCCUUAUCCUUGCUGAUAGUCGAAUUGAGCUCAGCCAGGAGCAUGGGCUCCCUUAG